AUGAGCAGCAAGGAAUCCAAAGCUGUUCAUAGUGGCGAUGCUAACCCUCAACUCGAGGCGGUUGAUCUCAACGCGAAUACCGAACAGCGCGAUUUCUCUGUCUUCACCGUCAACCAGAAGCGCUGCAUCGUUGCAGCUGGCUCUCUAGCUGCUUUCUUCUCACCGUUAUCCUCGAGUAUCUAUUUUCCCGCCCUGGACACCGUCGCCAAGGCCCUGGGUGUGACGGUUACGAAAGUCAACCUCACAGUGACAACGUAUUUGAUUCUACAGGGAGUUGCACCGAUGUUGAUUGCAGGGUUUUCCGACACUGCAGGUAGACGACCAGCAUACAUCAUCUGUUUCACCAUUUAUAUCGCUGCCAACCUUGGUCUCGGUCUUCAAAAUAGUUAUGCCGCCCUCCUCGUGUUGAGAUGUAUUCAGAGUGCUGGAAGCAGUGGAACUGUGGCUCUGGCAAAUGGGCUGGUGGGAGACAUGAUCACAUCCGCCGAGCGAGGUUCCUACAUUGCCUUUGCUUCCCUCGGAGGUAUGCUGGGCCCUUCGCUCUCACCCAUCAUUGGUGGUCUGAUCAGUCAGUACCUUGACUGGCACUGGCUUUUCUGGUUCCUGUUGAUUCUGUCCGGUAUUUUUGCGACUUUCCUCUUUCUUUUUCUGCCCGAAACCUGUCGGAAAGUUGUCGGAGACGGGUCGAUCCCACCGCCACCGAUGAAUGCAUCGGUAACCGACUGCAUCCGCCAUCGACGACGCAAGAGAAGAGGAGAAGCUGUGACCCAAGAAGAAAUUGCUGAAGCGCGAAGGACUUACGCCUUCCGUUUUCCCUCGCCCCUCCCAACGCUGAAAGUUGUAACCGACUUGGAGACCGGGGCAAUCUUGCUUGUUACGGGAUUGAUGUAUGCUGGCUUUUAUGCCAUCAUGACCGGAGCCACCGCCUCAUUCCACGACGUGUAUCAUUUCAACAACAUCCAGACUGCACUGAUGUAUCUACCUCUCGGUAUCGGGGGAAUCGCUUCCGCUCUCACGACAGGGCGCCUGGUGGACUGGAAUUAUCGCCGCCACGCUAAGCGGGCCGGAAUCUCAGUGGAGAGACGCAAAGCGCAGGACCUGAGCAACUUCAAUAUCGAGAGAGCUAGACUUGAGAUCGGCAUACCAUCCUACUAUCUCAGCACGAUUUGCAUUAUUGCUUAUGGCUGGGUCAUGGGUCGCAAAGUCAAUUUGGCUGCCCCCGUGAUCCUUCUGUUUAUCAGUGGAUGGUCUCUCAACGCAACUUCGCAGGUUCUGAAUGCUCUGAUGGUGGAUAUCUGGCCUGGACAGUCAGCUGCAGCGACUGCAGCGAACAACUUGAUGCGCUGCGAGCUGGGUGCUGCAGCAUCCGCCGCGAUCAACCCGAUGCAAGAAGCCAUGGGCUGGGGCUUGGCAUACACCACUCUUGCGUUAAUUUCAAUUGCUGCGUCGCCAAUCCUGUGGCUGAUGGCACACCAAGGAAUUAAGUGGCGACAAAGACGGGCAAAGAAAGAAAAGGAGCGGAAGCGGGCCAAGGAUGAAAGCAACUGUGAAGCCAAGUGA